AUGGCCCUGGGAAAGUGGAGCCUGGAAGUGCUGCAGAACAGCCGAGCUCUGUUCCAGCGGAGACGGAAUGGAGAGCCGCCCGAGCCCACCGAGCCAGCAGAGAGGGAUCAGUCGCACUGGCACUGCUGCCAGGCGUCUCGCAGGUUCCAGGUCAGCAGAUAUUGCCGCCGCCGUGCUUGCGCCCUGAUGGGCUUCGCCAUCGUGGCGUUGAGGAUACAGUAUCUGCACGAGCGUGCGGCCCUCCUCUCGCAGAGGGCGGUGAUCACCUGCGCCGACAUGACGAGCUUACGCUCUGCUUUGGAGACGGCCAAUUCCAGCAACUGGCCCCGCUUCAUGCAGGAUACGGACAACGCCACGGAAGAGCGCUGCCGGGACUUGGGAUCAGACCAGGAGCUCGAGGAGCCUCUGGGAGUGGGUGCUGGCAGUCUCGUCGACCACUUUUCCACGGAGAUGAAUAAGCUGCUGCCCCCUCAGUAUCGCUUCGACUUCAUCACGCUCGUCUUGGUGACAGGUGCUUUGUUGUAUCUGGUGCAGACUAGUGACGAGCAUCCGACGCCUCGUGCCCGGAGUAGCCACUCCUUCGCCCUUGCUACGCUGACGGAGUCCCUGGCCCUGUCGGCGGUGGCAGAGACCCAGGAGUCCAAAGCAGUGAAGCGGCUGCAAGCCGCGUACUUCGACCUCGUCUGCCGCAUGCGCCCAGAUCGAUCUGGCAAUUUCCAAGUCGGUAAAAGUGUGGCCAACUUUUCCCGCCCGGGCUGUGCGACCAACUCGGUGAAUGAUGACGCCGUCCUGUCUGCAGGCUCCUCUGCCAUGCCAGAGACAGCAAAUCUGGACACAGAACCGUCGAAAUCUGACUUCAGCAUUAUAGAGCAGUACCGUCAUGAAGACUUCAGCACGUUGAGUACAUCGCAGUCGCCGCCACGACCGAUCUCAUCCAAUGCCAUCACUGCCCUUCAGUGCAGUGAAUCUGCAAAGUCUCGUGGACAGUGGACCUGCUACCAAGCAGCGACAAGGACUCCAGCUCGCCGCGUAUAG